UCUCUCCCCAGUCACUCUGAUCAACUGCAGAUGCGGCUUGCAGCCCUUUUAAGCAAUACCAUCCCCGGCACGACAGCUCGCACAUCCUCCAGGAGCGCAUUUAAUGGCAAGGCUCGCAGAGCCGCACUGCUAGGCAGCUCAGCUGCAUCUAGUAUCUCGACGCCCCGGCUUUUAUCCGGGCCCGCAUCCCACCAUCGACGGCCAGCAUGGCCUCCAGCAGCGGAUACACAUGGACCUGGAGCGACCAGUACCAGGAUUACUACUAUGUCACGGUCGAAGCAGGCAACUAUGUGUACCACUGGCAUAAACAUAUGCAAGAGGCAACGGCGACUGAAAAUCGGACAUUUCAUCAAACAGAAGGGAAUGGUUUCUCUCAACCUCGCUACGCCAAAGCAUCAUAUUUCCCCGAGCAGGAAAGUUACAGCAGUAGCUCGUACGGGCAAGCAAGGACGAACUACGGCACCGCCCAGUGGCCUGACAAUGGUGCCUCGUACACGCAAGCAAGUUACGAACCCGGCACCGCACAGCCGCCUGACAACAGUGCCCCAUACAUGCCCGUGGGAGUUCCCAGCCAUGAACGAGCAGGACUGCACGACUUCAUUUCCGGCACACCCGAGAAGGGGUGGUACGAGCCUCUUGACUCCAGUUACCGAAUGAGAACCGGGAGUGAGGCGCAUCAGUUCUUCAAGAUAGGGAAGGUUUUUGCGAUGCUUCACAUUGAGGCGGCAAGUGAGCAGCUUGCGAGACAAGGAAACAACAACAUCACGGUAGUACGGUACGGUGAACGCGCCUAUUCUCAGAUACGGCGCUUUAUCAUCGUCGAGGUUAGGCGAGGAUUCGUCUACGCAUGUCCCAUUUCGACAUACGGCGGGCAGGGCACCCUCAAGUACGGCUGUGUCCCAUCAGAACACUCGGUUGUCUACUUUAUAGCAACGAAACCGACCCUAUUUUGUCGCGAAGAACUGUUCAAAGAACCUAUCGCAGUUCGUCCUGCGGAUCCCAGCCUUAAAAUGGAUCCAGCAUCGCGACUUAAUUACGGAAAGACGUAUCCAAUCGAAAUGAAUGUGAAAGUCAAAGACAUUGGAGAUGUCAUCCCGGAGGACCUCAGCAAUCUCCUCGCCUACUAUAGGGAGGUGAACGUAUUGUAGGAGUUCGCAUUGUCAAUAUCCCUUUUAGGUCAUCUCAUCAUGUAUUUGUAUAUCAACAACAAUCCUGUGACUUCUCA